GACAUGUUUUUGUUUACCUAUAGUUCAAGUGGGAAAUGGGGAAAAAGUAUUCGAGAAUGUUAGGUUUUUAUCAGUUCAUUCUAGCUUCUGCAUGUGAAAAUAUAUAAUUAUUUAGAAAUCAAUGAAUAAUUUUGUUGUGUGAGCGAAAUGGAAGAAAAUAAUCAAAUAAAGAUCGAAGAGCUCAUAAUAUUCGAUUCUUUGCCCACGGAAGAGGAUACUCUACUUGUUAAAAGGGAUUGGUGUACCGAUGACACAACUGUAACGAACACUCAGAAGGAAGGUUCAGUUGAUGUGAUACAAGAACAUCUGAAAGAACUCACUGAUGAAGUUGGGAGUACAGCAGUUUGUGAGUCAGCUCCUCGCUGCAGCAACUCGGACGGUUUAAACAUACCCAAUCAAUGGAAAGAGUACGUUUGUGAAUUCUGCAACAAAGAAUGCAGUGGGAAACAGAACCUCCAGGACCAUAAAAGAAGUCAUAAUAGACAACGUCUAUUUGCCUGUGAUAUCUGCAAUGGAACAUUCAACACAGCCAGACGUUUGCAGUACCAUAAGAGCAUUCUACAUACCGAAGACCAGUACUUCCAGUGUGACAUAUGUAAGCAACGUUUUUUGCAAAAAUCAUAUCUAUUGGACCACAUGAACAUACACCGCACAUAUGGCAAUGAGCGAUCCUUUAAAUGCGACACCUGCAACACAUCAUACAAAAGAUCUCAAGAUUUAAAGGCUCAUAUGCGGAAGGUUCACAAAGUCGUUAAGCAACCGCGGAAAAAGUACGUUUGCGAAUACUGCAACAAGGAACUGAGCUCAAAACACAGCUUAGACGAUCAUAGAAGAACUCAUACCGGGGAACGACCUUUUGCAUGUGAUAAGUGCAACGCAACAUUUAUCACGACACAACGUUUGCAGUACCAUGAGAAAGCUCAUACAAGCGUUCGGAAUUUUGGGUGUGACAUAUGCAAGCGACGUUUUUAUCUAAAACAAACUUUGUCGUCUCACAUGGUUAUACACCGCUCAGAUUGUCCACAUAAAUGCCCGUUUUGCGAUAAAACAUUCGCAAGUGGUGCUCAUCUCAAGCAACAUCUGCCCAAACACAGCGAUGCGCGAGAAUUUAAAUGCGACCACUGUAUGGCGUUUUAUAAGAGACGUGAUGCUCUAGAAAAGCACAUGGAGAACCAUGAGCUCUAUCCCUUCUCAGGCAGCUUCAAAAGUAUGCCGCGAUUUGAUAGUACUCAUACAAGGCACCGGAAGUUCAAGUGCGACACAUGUGAGCAACGGUUUUCGAUGAAAUCACAUCUUUUGUCACACAUGAAAAUCCACCGCACAGAUUGCCCGCAUAAGUGCUCUAUUUGUGAUGCAAGAUUCUCAGAUGUCGUUCUCCUGGAAAAUCAUAUGGUCUGUCACAGUGAUGAGCGACCCUUCAAAUGCGAAAUUUGUGGUAGAUCAUACAAAAGACUUAAAGCUUUACAGCGUCACACCAGCAAAGUUCACCGUCCCCCAAGCUCUUCGGGCGAACCGAAGGACUUCGCCGGAAGGCGACGUUUAGAAUGUGAUAUUUGUAGCGAAAUAUUUUACUCAACUACACGUUUGCAUUACCAUAUGAGGGCUCAUACAGGAGUCCCGAGUUUCGAGUGUGACAUAUGCGAACGACGCUUCGUUUUGAAAUCUUACCUACGGUUUCACAUGAAAAUACACCUCACCGAUUGCCCACAUACGUGCCAGAUUUGCAAUAAAAAGUUCUCAACUAAUCUUAAACUCCAAGAUCAUAUGGUUACUCACACCGAUGAACGACCCUUCAAAUGUGACAUAUGCGACAGAUCCUUCAAGGGAUCUAAUCAUGUAAAGCAUCAUAUGAGAAUGAUCCACAAGGUCGAUCUCCCUCGAAGCGACAGGGAAAAUUUGAAGCCAAACCAGACUGGUAACAGCCUAAGCGAUGUAUACAGCUGCGACGUAUGCGGCAAACAGUACAAACAAAGAAGUUCACUUCGCAUACAUCAGGAUCUUCAUAAGAUCGCCACAACCGUGACAGCGUCCCCACGCAUGCUUAAACAUUUCGGAAAUGUUUCGUGAUACAUAUGUUAGUUAUAUUACUUGACUUACCUGCAAUUAUUACCACACUGCUACUACAGCAGUAGAGUA